CAUCCUGCAAGUGGAUAUGUUCAGGGGAUAAAUGAUCUUGUUACGCCAUUUUUAGUUGUUUUCCUAUCAGAAUACCUAGAAGGGGCCAUAGAUAAUUGGUCAAUGUCUAGUUUAUCUUCGGAUCAAAUCUCUAAUGUAGAGGCCGACUGCUAUUGGUGUUUGUCAAAGUUGCUUGACGGCAUGCAAGACCAUUAUACAUUUGCUCAACCAGGAAUUCAAAGGCUUGUUUUUAAGUUGAAGGAAUUGGUCAGGAGGAUUGACGAUCCUGUUUCAAGCCAUAUGGAGGAGCAAGGACUGGAAUUUCUUCAAUUUGCUUUCCGCUGGUUCAACUGUCUUCUAAUUCGUGAGGUACCCUUCCAUUUGGUCACACGCCUUUGGGACACGUAUCUAGCUGAAGGAGAUGCCUUACCAGACUUCCUUGUGUAUAUAUUUGCCAGUUUUCUUCUAACGUGGUCAGAUCAGCUCCAGAGGCUUGAUUUCCAAGAAUUGGUAAUGUUCCUUCAACACCUUCCAACUAAGAAUUGGACGCACCAGGAGCUCGAGAUGGUCCUUUCUCGUGCGUUUAUGUGGCACAGCAUGUUCAACAGUUGUCCGAGCCAUUUAGCUAACUGAGCAAGGAAGCAGAUGUGAUUUUUCUGUAUUUAGUCACUCAGUUUUCUGGUUCUUUCCUUACUUUACAUCCCAUCUUUUUCCCCUUUAGUGUGAGAUGAACUAAUUUUUCUAACCAAUUUUUAACUGUAUUUUUCCUUGUAAUAUCUUGUAAAGGAGAGACAAAAAUAAUCAGGAGAGAGAGGCUUUUUAUUGUAUUAAUUUUUUUAUA